ACACUGUCCCUCACACCAAUAGAGGUCGAGUUAACAACGCCUUGGUUAGAAGGGCCUGCAGCUCUACAAAUGUCGAAGACUUUCAACAAAGCGGUUUUCGAAACUUUUGUCAUACCUACUGAAACAUUCUCAUCAAUGAAAACGGAUUUCGAAAAAUUCAGCUACAAACUCACAGGAAACUACAACUUUGGCGUGAUUGUGUUUAUAGUUCCCGCCAAGUUCUCGUGUGACUCCUUCACUGCCAUACCGAUUGAGGGAUGGGGGAAGAAAUACAUUAUUUUUACAAUAUACGCGUAUUCGACUAUCUCGGUGACCACGUACCAGGAUAACAAAAUUACGUUCAACCUGAAGGCUUGCCCCACAGUGUCGAAGAGCGAAGACCAGUUCAUUGAAUACCAGGGCAGGAAGUUGGUCGACGGUGACAGCUUUGAUGUGGUCUUGCCAGCGCUGAAAACAUUUGCUUUGAUGCUCUGCGAGAGAGUAAUAUUUGGAUCCAUGACGGGAACUGAAAUUACUAGCGAAAAAAUAAUUGGCGUUGUAAGUGGAAACUGCUAUGCGGGAACUUUAAGCUUCGGGUGUAAUGGUCAAAUGAGUGCAUCUCAAGAGUGGGGUACUAUGGAUAUUGCUGCAGAGAUGAUGAUGCCGGUCGAAUCUUACGGAAAAGAAUUUAUUAUGCUGUAUAUGCCAAGAAGAAGACGUCAGGGUUUUCAUACGGUUACAGCUGCCUUCCCAGAUACUACCAUUCAAAUAGGCAAUGGCGGAGGCAGCGAAACCUUUGAAAAUAUUGUUCUGAAGGAUGCGAGGAGCAACGCGGAUUUAGUGUUUACUGAUGUGCGGCAUCUCAAAAGUGACAAACCGGUUUUAGUCGUUUAUGUACAAGAGUCUCAGUGCACAAGGGCGGGUAAUCUGAGAGAGAAGGGCGACCCAUCCUUGACAAUCAUUAUCCCGAUGAAUCUCUUCUACGAUAUAUAUGUAUGGAGCGCACCCAAAACUGAUGUAGUCAAACCUCUUGGUUAUGUAAUAGUUCAGGUGAAAAAGACAGACAGGGACUUCUUGCUGUUUGAUAACCAACCAAUGCCUCCUGGCACAAAAUGGGUAGAUGUCAUCGGCAACGACGAGUACACGUACGGUGACACGAGCAUCAUGGAGGGCCUACAUAACGUUACCGGCUCGAGAUUUUUCUACUUUGGCUGCUACAUCUACGGGUUAUCCGACUAUUACAGCUACAUGAACCCUGCGGGCUUUAUAUCGAGCGAGAUAAAUAUGCCCUGCACACCCAAUCGGGCUGACAUGCAAAAUGGGGAUCUUAUCGAUAACGACUGCGAUGGAAGCAUUGAUGAAGAGCUUGCAGAUGGGAUCGAUAAUGACAACGACAAGAAAGUCGACGAGGACCUUACUAGGGCAGCUCCUAGUUAGUACUUAAAUUUAUAACACAAUGGAA